AUUUUGAAUAAACAGAGUUACUCAUUUAUUGUAUAUAAAUUAAAAAUUAAUUUGUAUAUAAAAAUGGAUUUAACUAUACUAUCAUCUUUACACACAGAGCAACAUUGGAAAAUAAUUUCUUGCUAAUUAUUUUUACAAAAGAUAAUUAAAAAAAAUGUAUUAUUUAAUCAAAGAUAGAUUUUAUUAGAUCAAUUAAAUAUUCCUACUAUCAAUAAUUAACAGCACCCAUUUUAAAAAAUUAUUUCUUGCCAUUUUAAAAGUCUUUUUAGAAUCUACUAUUUAGUGGAAGAAAGAGAAAAUUCAUGUAAUUUUAGAAAAUAAUUUUUUUGCUUCUUUAGAAAAGUAUCUUUUUAGAAUUGAUUGUAUUAUUUAAUGAAGAAAUAGAGCUUUUGUUCGAACCAUUAAAAUCGUAUAAGAUUUCUGCUAUUAAUAAGAAAAAAACGUUUUACUGCCAUUUCCACUAUUAUUUCUCACUGCACGAGAUAUCUCGACGCAGUGGGAGGAUAUGUCUCAGCACUGUCAUGAACGCUAUUGCGCUGUGACAUUUUCAGAUUUAUUGUCUCUUCCUCUCUCUUUCUUUGUCUAUAUAUAUAUUUCUGAUCUUUUAAUUUUUCCUCUCCUUUCCCUAUAUUUUCUCCUCAGCGUUUGCUUGCUUUCUUUUAUUCCCCCGUUUGCUCUUUAUCUUAAUCUACUUCUUUCUUCUAUUUCUUCUUCACCUCGUCUUUCUCUCCUUCUUCCUCUGUCUCCUCCUUCACCUUUUUCUCCGCCUUCUUCUUCUACUUCCUUUUUUAGGUAAUGUUGUUCUAUUUAUAAAGCGUGUACGUAGAGCAGCUCGCAUAGAAUAUAACGCGCAAAUAAUGUUAUAUUAUUUAUGUCAAAAAGUCAAAAGAGAAUCUGUACAAAGAACAAAGCAAAUUUCCGGCAAUAAUGUACAACAGGUUCUAAAUGCAUCUCCUUCUCGCGAUCGUUCUCCUCGUCUCUCACUCGAGAAUGAACAGUUACGAGUGAAAGUGAUUUGGGCCUGGCUGACGCGCGCGUAUCUGAGUCCCAACAGUCUACAGCCUACAGCCAAACGAAUCGGUACUAUACUAGUGUAAUUGGUGAUAUUGGGAUGAUUAAGAAAUGCCAUUUAUAACGCCGGUGAUAACGAUUAAUGGAUAAAAUUUGGUGCUUUAUUAUCUAAAAUAAAUAACAAAAAGGACACGCACGCGGUGUGAAACAUUCGCUAUCUACUGUUAUCUCAAGUGAUAUAAAAAACAGAAUGAUCGUAUAGCUGAUGUUAUUCUUUACAGUGUAGUUUUCUGUAGAUUAUUGCGGACCGUCAAGUAACGUGUCAAAUAACACGGUGAAUUAUAAAACAUAUUCGAAGGAAAUACUAAAUCUGAAAUAAAAAUCAAUACCUUGUUCGAUACAUUACAUAUAACGCAUCGUAAAAAUUUACUGCGCUACGAUGUCCUUUAGCUACGUGGCAUUUCUACUUACUAUUUUACUUCUUGGGACUUACGAUGCUCAUGGAUUCAUAAGACCAAAACAUGACAAAGUUGUCGUUUGCUACGUUGCAUCCUGGGCAACUUACAGACAAGGAAAUGGGGCAUUCUCCUUAGAAAAUCUUCGUCCGGAACUCUGCACUCAUUUAAUUUACGCAUUUGCUGGUUUAAAUGCUUCAAGCUGGACGAUCAGAAGUCUCGAUCCUUGGCCAGAUAUGGAAAAAGAUGGAAUAGGCAACUACAGAAAGAUGACAAUGCUCCGCAAACAAGGCUUGAAAGUAUCACUUGGUAUUGGCGGAUGGAAUGAAGGCAGCGCAAAUUAUUCGAUGAUGGCUUCGUCACCGGAUCGUAGAAAGAUUUUCAUCGCCAGCGCUGUCGAGUUCCUCAAAACUUACGGAUUCGAUGGGCUGGACCUUGAUUGGGAAUUUCCUGGAAGUCGUGGUGGUGCUUCAUACGAUAAACAGAAUUUUGUUAGCCUCGUGAAGGAGCUAAAGGAUGCCUUUAGAAAUUAUCACUUUUCGCUAACCGCAGCUAUAAGUGCCGUCAGUUCCACUAUCAAUAUAGCGUACGAUAUUCCUGAAAUUUCCAAAUAUCUCGAUUAUAUUCAUAUAAUGGCGUAUGAUUAUCAUGGAGCAUGGAACAAACAAGUUCUUCCAAAUUCACCAUUGCGAAGCAAGGAUCAAUUAGAUGUGGAACACACCAUAAAGUAUUUGUUGCAACAAGGAGCUCCAGCCGAGAAACUAGUCUUAGGACUGGCGAUGUACGGAAGAACUUUCGUUCUUACAACUGAACCAAAAAUAAAUAAAAUAAACCCAAUUGGUCUAACCAGUUUGGAUAUUGGAUUUAAAGGUCCUUACACAUCCCAAGAAGGCUUUAUGGGAUUCAAUGAGAUUUGUGAGGCUUUGGUGUUAUAUCCGCAAGAUUGGACAACUGGAUGGGAUAAUGAGAGCAGCACAGCUUAUGCGAUUAAAAGGGACCAUGUUGUAGUUUACGAUGAUAUCAAAGCCAUGAUUGCUAAGGUGGAAUAUGCAAAGAGACAGAAAUUGGCGGGUGUUAUGGUAUGGAGCAUUGACACGGACGAUUUUCGAGGCAAAUGCACAUCACUGCACAGUGACAUGACUUUAUUCGAUGGAGGUCAUUAUCCCUUAAUGAAAUCCAUUAAUGCAGCUUUGGCAAAUAACACGAUACCACCCGAGGAAAACCAACUGCCAGACUCGUCAUCCAUACAAUUGCUCUCGAAUAUUGUGUUUGCGCUAUCAAUUGCGACGAUUUACCUUUCUCUAUUUUUCUCUCUAUAACUAAUCUCUAUAAUUAAUUCUACAGAUCAUUGGUGUAAUGAUAAAUAUAUAUAUAUACACAUAUAUAAUACUAGUAAUAAUAUAUUGACAAUUAAUAAUUAACAAAAAGCGUUAAAAUGUGCUUAACGCUCGCUCGUUCGCAGAUGGUUCCUUCCUUCAACAUUUAAAUUAAAAAUGUAAUAUUAAUUUACGAUAUACAAUAAAAUUUAUAUAUUACGUGCAAAUAAAAAAAAUGUUUGUGUAGUUGGUAAAAUAUUGUCUUGUUACUAAACAGAAAAAAUUGAUAAAUGCAAGAUCUAAAACUAACGGUACAUGAAUGCUUUUGUGAAAAUAUUUUUGUAGCACAUAAUAUAUAAAAAUAUAUACAUAUACAUAAAUGAUUAAAAUAAAUAGAAAAGAAUAAGAAUACA